AGAAUGCGAAUCAUUUAUCUGUCAAAAAGUUCGUGGAGAGAUUGGAUAAAGGUUUGGAGUCGCAAUAGCUGUUUUUCUUGGAGAAUGUCCGCAAAUUCGCCUCCCGGAAAGAGUGAUGGAGAAAACCAUCAUGACAUUGUCGUCCCGCCAAUUCAGAAUGAUAAUACGGGACCAAGAUUUCGUGACUUGGAUGUGGAUUCAAUUCGAAGAUUCUUAGCUCAAAAACUUGGUUUUUAUGAACCGCCUGAUCUAAGCCCCCCAGUAGAGAAGGUUUUGGAUGAAGUGACUUUGGAUGGCAUUGCUAAAUGGAUUAAAAGUGAUCGGUGCCAAAAUAUUAUAACGUUAUCUGGAGCUGGUAUAUCUACAUCUGCUGGAAUACCUGAUUUCAGAAGUCCAGAAACAGGAAUAUAUCACAAUUUGCAAAAAUAUGACUUGCCUGAACCCCAGGCCAUAUUCGAAAUAAAUUUUUUUAAACAAAACCCAAAACCUUUCUUUACACUAGCUAAAGAACUAUUUCCGGGCAAAUUUAAACCAACUGUGUCGCAUUAUUUCAUAAAACUUUUACAUGAGAAAGGACUAUUACUUCGUCACUAUACUCAAAACAUUGAUACACUUGAAAGAGGCGCCGGUAUACCGGAAGAUAAGUUGGUUGAGGCUCACGGUACCUUCUACACUUCUCACUGCUUGGAAUGCCGCAAGGAAUAUCCCUUAGACUACAUUAAGAGUGUAAUAUUUGCAGACCAAAUCCCGAUAUGUACUGAAUGCCCUGGUGUGGUCAAACCAGACAUUGUUUUCUUUGGUGAAAGCCUUCCUGAUCGUUUCCAGCGGUGUCUUGCAGAGGACUUCCAGAAAUGUCAUAUGUUGAUCAUAAUGGGCUCGUCGUUAGAAGUGCAGCCGUUUGCUUCACUAAUUGACAUGGUCCCAGAAUGGUGUCCAAGGCUACUCAUUAACCGUGAAAAGGCUGGAGUAAGGUCUCCAUUGCUCCGCCUCUGGGGUAUGAUGAGUGAGGGCCUUCAGUUAGAUGGAGACUCCAUUCGGGAUGUUGCAAGGCUUGGUGAUUGUGAUGAUGGUUGUCUUGAACUAGCUGACAAGCUUGGAUGGGGAGAUGAACUCAGAGAAUUAGUAGCAAGAGAACAUGCACGUAUCGACAGUAUCCACAGCUUAACACCACCUCUUUCACCAUCAACGUCCCACGAAUUACACGACAUACCAUUACAUACUUCCGAACCCAAACUAUAAAUAUUCCCUAGCAUUUUACUGCUGCAUUCCUUUUGAAAUGACUUCAUUUUUAAUUAAUAGUGUUGUCACAUUAGCAAAAUAUAUCUGAUAAUAUAAUAAUAGAAAAUGGAAAA